AUGCUCAUGAUUAUAAUUACUACAACUCAUCAAACUGUGAUUUAUGAAUUUAAUGCUAAUUCUAACAAUAUUGAUGGUAAUUUCUGAUAAUUUAUUUUUUAUAUUAGGAUGGGGAAAUUGGUAAGGUUAUUCUUAUUUGAAUACUUGUGGAGGCAUUCGAUAUUUUGGGUCAACUACUCACUAUUAUGAAAUUAGCAGGAUCUUUUUAGAUCUAGAACCUCAUUCUCAUUUUAUAGUGGAUGCACAAUUUCUAAGGUAUUUAUUAUUCUAAUUACAAAAGUAUUGAUAAUUAUAAUCAACCUUAUAUUGAAAUAGACUUUAUGUAACAAAGUUAUGGAUCUGUGAAAUCAUCUUUAGCUUCCAUAUGUGGUGAUUCACACGUGGAAUAUUUACUUACUAUUUCUAUUACUCUUUAACACAAUAGAAGAACUGGAUGGAUAUAUAUUAAAUAGAAUUAUGGAGGAUUAAUAUCAUUAAAAUUAAGUAUCAUUAAAUGUCAGUAUGAAUGUGAUGGAUGCAUUCAUGCAUUUUGUUUAUAAUGGAAACUACAUUAAUAUUCAUUUAAUUAGAAAUAUUUCACAUCUUCCGAUGGAUGGACUGUUUAAUCAUAAUUUUAUAAUUACUUUGCCUGUGGAGGUUGCUAAUUUUUGCUAUUUUCAUAAAUUAAAUAUUAUACUUAACUACCUCCUCAUUAAGAUAUAUUAAUAAGGUUUUUUAAAGUAGAUUAAUAUAUUAUAAUAGUAGACUAUUUAUAUGAUAAAUAAACUGUUAGUAAAAAUUAUUUUAUAGAAAUAUUAAUAAAAAAUCAUCAUGAUCCAAUAUUAUAACUGAAUAUUAAUACUCAUAUACCUUCAGAAUAGAGUAAGAUUAGAGAUUUUGAAGUAUUUUAUACUUAGCCAGAAGUAAUUAUUAAGAAUUUGAAUGAAGGGUGAAUGGAGAAAGUUUAUUUUAGGAUCAGAUUACGCUAAAAUACUAUAAGAGAAAAAGGAGAUAUCUGUAACCAAGUAAAAUUUAAAUCUCGAGAAGACAUAUUCAGUUAAAUUUCAAAAUCGUAUAAUUUUCCAUACCAAAUUUGCAACACCAACUAGAAGAUUUCUUUACAAAGCAACUUAGUGA